GGCGGCGCCGAGCCCCCUGCGCGCGGCACAUGGGGCGCCUGACCGAGGCGGCGGCAGCGGGCGGCGGCGCUUCGGCGGCGCGCUCGGCCGGGCCCCCGCCCACUCCCCUUCCCCUGUCUGCCACCUCCCCUGGGACCGCGGCCACCAUGGCGUCCAGCGAGGAGGACGGCAGCAACGGCGGCGCCUCGGAGGCCGGCGAGGAGAGGGAGGCCGCCGGCAAGCGGAGGCGCCGCGGCUGGGUGGCCACCGCCUGGCUCACCUUCUACAACAUCGCCAUGACCGCGGGGUGGUUGGUUCUAGCUAUUGCUAUGGUACGUUUUUAUAUGGAAAAAGGAACACACAAAGGUUUAUAUAGAAGUAUUCAGAAGACACUUAAAUUUUUCCAGACAUUUGCCUUACUUGAGAUAGUCCACUGUUUAAUUGGAAUUGUGCCUACUUCUGUGCUCGUGGCUGGGGUCCAAGUGAGUUCAAGAAUCUUUAUGGUGUGGCUCGUUACUCACAGUAUAAAACCAAUCCAGAAUGAGGAGAGUGUGGUGCUCUUUCUGGUCGCGUGGACUGUGACAGAGAUCACUCGCUAUUCCUUCUACACAUUCAGUCUUCUCGACCACUUGCCAUACUUCAUUAAAUGGGCCAGAUAUACUUUUUUUAUCAUCUUAUAUCCUGUCGGAGUUGCUGGUGAACUUCUUACGAUAUACGCUGCCUUACCAUAUGUGAAGAAAACGGGAAUGUUUUCAAUAAGACUUCCUAAUAAAUACAAUGUCUCUUUUGACUACUAUUAUUUUCUUCUUAUAACCAUGGCCUCCUAUAUACCAUUGUUUCCACAACUCUAUUUUCAUAUGUUACGUCAAAGAAGAAAGGUGCUUCACGGAGAGGUGAUUGUAGAAAAGGAUGAUUAAAUGAUCCCUACAAACACGGUGCUUUUUCCAGAACAAUCAGGAUCACUUGAGUCCAAGUUUUAAUAACAAGAAUAAACAACUUCAUGAAAUAUGACGGAUUGUAUUAUUUCUUAAAAUAUAACUUGAGACACGUGGUAUUUGCCAAUAUUUGUCUUUGCAUUGUACUAGGUCUGUUUUCUACAAGAACUGUGCAAGUAUUUAUUAUCAACUCCUGGGUAGAUGAGGAUCAUUAAGAAAAUAAUUGGGUAGAUUACUUGGAAAAAAACUUUUGCUUUUUUUAGUUUCACUAAA